UUUACUUCAUUGAAUAAUAUUUUGCAGAUAACAAACACAGAUUCAUGUUCUGCAUCUAUAAGCACUGUACAGAGUGUUGAAAACUGUCCAUCCAGUGAGCAAGAAUGGAUAGAAGCUUCUCGAAGAAAAAACUGUUCAGCUUUUGCCAGCCAGUGUAGUGAACCUGACAAGUUUGUGUACCACUGUGUGAUCAAUCCAUAUCUCAAUGAAACAUUGGAAGUUUGUGUAUAUAAAAAGAUCAUUGUGUUUGGAUAUUGUACUGAAUACAGCUACAGUGCAAACAGAAUUCAACAAAGUCUUGGAACACUUUGCUCCGGCUUUACCCAAAACCCAUGUCCAACUGGAUAUCCCUCUGAUGAAGCAUAUAAAUAUCCUGGUUGCUAUCAGCUCACUAAGAAAUCAACAACAAAAUAUCCAACUACAGUUGAACCCUCAACUGUGGUCUCUGAAACAGGGCCUGUUCAUAGUGGGUCUGCAUCAGAUACAGAAGAUGGAGGAGACAAUUGUUAUGUUAUAGGGAUAGUAUUUGCAGCUCUUGUUGUUUUUGCACAAUGUAAGUUCUAACUUUAAAGCUAAAGAAGGCACUGUUAGUCAUAGAACUAUGCAAGGAUCCUUAGUUAGUGUAAAUUUAAGUUUGUUCAAAUUAUAUCCCCUUCCACGUUGUUUAUUGUUAUUUCUACUUCUUUCCUAGCAACAAUACUCAGGUCAGCGAUGUUGCCCAUGAAUCUCUUGUUUUUCACAAAUCCUCUACCAAAUUAAAUCAUUUUCACAUUUUGAUAUCAUAAAUAUAUAGCAAUAUUAAAACGUUGCAAUGCUUAUAAAUUUUAUCUAUUGCUAUACAUUAUAUGUAUGCCAAAUUUAAUUUUGAUCUGAAUUAUGGUUACUAUUAUCUAGACAAAGAGAUAGUUUGUGAACUUUUUAAGCGCUGCUUGU